GUUAAAUUGGUGCAGGAGGUCUUGGCUGAACCUCUGUUAAAACACCCAGACCCAGAGAAACCAUUUGUAAUUCAGGCCGAUGCCAGUGAUGUGGCAGUCUGUGCAGUUUUACUCCAAGAUAAUGAAGAAGGUAAAUUACAACCAUGUACAUACACCUCUAGGAAAUUAACUGAAACUGAACAGUUUCAGUUGGACAAUAUGGGAAAAAGAGGCUUUUGCAGUCAGGUGGGCACUCCUAACUUGGAGACAUUUCUUAGAAGGAAGCAAAAUACCUUUCCAAGUAUGGACCGACCACAAGAACUUGUAAGCAUUCAAAACCCCACGGAAAAUUUCCCCAAAAUAGGUCCGAAGGGCACAGUACUUCCAAAGUUUUAAUUCCACUUUGAAGUAUUUACCGGGAGGAAAAAACUUUUUGUCAGAUGCCUUGUCCAGACUACUAUAAUACAACAGUGUUAAGGUGGAAGUAAUUAAACUCGUGCUCCCAGCCUCCCAAUUAGCAGCUAAAGUUGUCAUGCUAUCUCAGACAAAGAAUGACCCCUCCACCUGAGACAAUGCCACCACCACAGAAUUCAAAAACACUUUGGAAACAGAUGUGUGGCUUAAUGCUCAUAGACAUAUUUGCAUAAUAAAAGAUAGAUUAGCUUGGGUGGGAAAUAAGCUGUAUGUCCCAGCUAGGGAAAGACUGAAAACUAUACAAGCUUGUCACGAUUCCAAAUUAACUGGUCACUUUGGUUUUGUAAAAACGUUACAUUUAUCGAAACAGCAAUUCUGGUGGCCCUCAUUAAAAAAAGACAUAGAAAGCUAUGUAGCAAGCUACCCGAUUUGCACUGCUGCUAAAUGCAGGCAGAGGAAAAACCCUGGUCUACUGCAGCCGGUGGCCGACCCUUCAGCACUAUGGAAAGAGAUCUUCAUGGAUUUCAUUGUAGAAUUGUCCGAGAGUUCUGGAAACACAGUGAUUUGGGAUGUCACAGGCCUUUUCUCAAAGCAAGUUCACUUUGUCCCAUGCCAAAAGAUCCCUACAGCCAAAGCCUUGGCUAAGCUGUUUUUGGUCCACAUAUACUGCUUGCAUGGGGCCCACGACGCAUUAUUUCAGGCAGAGGGGUCCAAUUCACAUCCAAGUUCUGGAAAGCCUUUUUGGACCUACUCGGAACCGAACAGGGACUUAGUUCUAGUCAUCAUCCGCAAACAAACAGGGCCACGGAAUGAACAAACUCAGUUCUGAAACAGUACCUGCGUUGUUUUAUUAACUAUUAACCAGGACAACUGGACCGAGCUAUUGCCUUUUCCAGAAGUGUCUAUAGUAAUGCAGUUCACACUAGCACAGGUUUUACCCCAUUCAGAGUAGCCACAGGGAAAGAAUUUAAUGCUAUGCCUGAGUUACCUCACAUGAACCAGAAAUCCCCUCAUUGAAACAGUGGAUCAGUCAUUUGCAAACCAUUUGGCCGGUGGUCUGCAAAGCCUUGGAUGAAGCCAAGACUGCCUAUAAAGCACAAGCAGACAAGAAACAAAUAGAACCUAGACCUUACAAAGUGGGUAAUAAAGUUUAUCUUUCCAGCAAGUUUCUAAAAUUUUGCAGCAAUCUAAAAAGCUGGGCCUUUCCUCAUCAUUCAUAUUAUUAACCCUGUCACAGUGGAAUUGCAACUCCCUAAGUCAUUAUGGCAAGUCCAUUUUCCAUUGUAGCUUGCUGAAGCCUGAAGUCACCUCUGACCUUCAUCCGGCUACUACCCUGUUCCACCCCCUAUUACGGUAGAGUGUGAACAACAUUUCGAAGUUCAAGAAAUUCUAGACUCUAGGAAAUUCCACAGAGCCACUCAGAACCUGGUGGCUUGGAAACACUCCCCUUCUCACACAAUGAAUGGGUUCACAAAAAACAUGUGCAUGCCCCUAAAUUAAUACAUAUAUUUCAUCAAUUGUACCUUGACAAACCUCGCUGAUUUUAUAUUUUCUUUCUCUCCCCUUCACUCUUUUUGUUUUCUUUCAGGUGAACUUCCCACUUUUCUAGGGGGGUGGCAUGUCAGGUCCCAUAUAUUUCUAUUGGGAUGCUGCCAUUCUGGUGGGAGGGGGAAGGAUUGCAGAGAUCUCUAUAUGAAGUUUCUUGUUUCCUGCAUUGCUGUGCUGUGGGACGGAUUUUGUUUGCACUGCUUUAAAUUGCUUUUAAAUUUUUUAAGUGGGAAGAUUUAGUUCCUGCCUAGACCUCUUGCUAUCACAAGCCUUUCAAUAAAAACUCCUUUUGGAACAACUUCAGUUUCAAGAGUCCUGCUUUCUUGCGAAGAUUUGGACAGGCAAAACCUUACAUUCACUCUCACAGUUACUUCUAUUGAGCCAGGUUUCACCUAAUCUAUACUUGUACCUUUUGUUUUUCCUGCCUAGGUGUAAAACCUUGCUUUUAUCCACAUUAAAUUUCAUGUCGUUGGAUAGGGACCAUUGUUCAAGUCUGUCAAGAUCUUUUUGGAUCCUGAUUUUGUCUUCUGGGGUGUUGACUAUUCCUGCCAGUUUAGUGACAUCUGCAAAUUUGAUGUUUCCCUUCUAUUCCCUCAUCUAAGUCAUUUAUGUUGAAGAGUACUGGGCCUAAGACGGAAUAUUGUGGUACCCUACUGCUUACUUCCCUCCUUGUAGAUACAGUACCAUUAAGAACUACUCAUUGAGUAUGGUUUGUCAGCCAGUUACACAUCCAUCUGGUAGUGAUGCUGUUUAUUCCACAUAUUUCUAGUUUACCAGGAAGUAGGUUGUGGUCUACUUUGUUGAAUGCCUUACUAAAUUCUAAGUAUACUAUGUCCACAGCAUUUCGUCACUUUGUCAAAGAAUGAAAUAAGAUUGAUUUGGCAUGAUCUGCUUUUAACAAACCCGUGCUGUCUACUAGUUAUAACUUUAUUUGUUUCUAGAUGUUCACAGAUCUGGUUUUUUAUUAUUUUUUCCAGUAUCUUCCCAGACAUUGAUGUUAGACUGAUUGGUCUGUAGUUUCCUGGGUCUGGUUUUUUUUCCUUUUUUGAAGAUGGAAUACAUGAAAGAAUGUUGUCCUUCUGGUUUAUGCAUUAUAUAUUUAAAACCCUGGUGUAAACUGUAUCAGACCUUGGUGGUUAUUAUAGACUUUGAUGGCUUGUGCAUUAUAAUAUAAUAGUCAAAUGUAUUAAAUGUAAGUAGUGUUGUACAUUCAGUACGAAUCUUGUGAAAUUACUUUAGCUCAUACCAAUUUUAUGUUUAUUUUCUUUGCAGGAAUUUAGAACAUAAAUGUGCUAAAGCCUACCAACCGUUACAGACUUGACUUCUGCAAAUACUUUGGUCUUUUCUGGCCAUGUUGUACAAUUGGUGUUCCAUGAGAAAUUUGUCUUCAUGAAGAUUCCUAAUAUUGGUAAUGUGAUGAAUAAAUUUGAGAUCCUUGGGGUUGUAGGUGAAGGAGCCUAUGGUGUUGUGCUUAAGUGCAGACACAAGGAGACACAUGAAAUUGUGGCCAUUAAAAAAUUCAAAGACAGUGAAGAAAAUGAAGAGGUCAAAGAAACAACUUUACGAGAACUUAAAAUGCUUCGUACUUUGAAGCAGGAAAAUAUUGUAGAACUAAAAGAAGCUUUUAGAAGAAGAGGAAAAUUGUAUUUGGUGUUUGAAUAUGUAGAGAAAAAUAUGCUUGAGUUGCUAGAAGAAAUGCCAAAUGGAGUCCCUCCUGAAAAAGUAAAAAGUUAUAUCUACCAACUGAUUAAAGCAAUUCAUUGGUGUCAUAAAAAUGAUAUUGUUUCAUAG